AGCGUUUGGAUCCACCUGGCAGCCGCGGGGGAGUGGUCGUCCGGCAAGUGAGCGAUUUGGUGAACAGACACCUCCUUCUGUAGCCAUGGAUUGUUACAGAACUUCACCAAGCAGUUCCUGGAUUUACCCCACUGUGAUCCUCUGCAUAUUUGGUUUUUUCUCCAUGAUGAGACCCUCAGAACCAUUCCUUAUCCCAUAUUUAUCUGGACCAGAUAAAAACCUGACCAGUGCAGAGAUAACAAAUGAGAUCUUCCCCGUUUGGACAUAUUCCUACCUGGUGCUGCUGCUGCCUGUGUUUGUCCUCACCGAUUACGUCUGCUACAAGCCGGUCAUCAUCUUGCAAGGUAUCAGUUUCAUCAUUACCUGGCUGCUGCUCUUGUUUGGCCAAGGAGUGAAGACCAUGCAGGUUGUAGAGUUCUUCUAUGGGAUGGUGACCGCCACCGAGGUGGCCUACUAUGCCUACAUAUACAGCGUGGUCAGCCCCGAGCACUACCAGAGAGUGAGCGGCUACUGCAGGGGCAUCACGCUGGCUGCCUACACAGCAGGGUCCGUGCUGGCCCAACUCUUGGUAUCCCUGGCGAACCUGUCGUACUUUUACCUCAACGUCAUAUCCUUGGCCUCUGUCUCCGUGGCCUUCCUUUUCUCACUUUUCCUACCAAUGCCCAAGAAAAGCAUGUUUUUUCAUGCAAAACCCAGCAGAGAGAUAAAGAAGUCAUCGAGUGUGAAUCCAGUAUUAAAGGAAACUCACGAAGGUGAAGCACCAGACUGUGAAAAGCAGAAACCCACAUCAGAAAUACCCAGCACUUCAGGGAAGCUGAAUCAGGGCCAGCUGAACAGCCUGAAACCAAAGAAUGUGACUGUGGAAGUUUUUGUGCAGUGGUUCCAAGAUCUGAAGGAGUGCUACUCCUCAAAACGCCUUUUCUACUGGUCUCUAUGGUGGGCUUUUGCCACAGCAGGUUUUAACCAGAUUUUGAACUAUGUUCAAAUCCUGUGGGAUUACAAGGCACCUUCCCAAGAUUCUUCCAUCUAUAAUGGGGCUGUAGAAGCUACUGCAACCUUUGGAGGGGCUGUGGCUGCCUUUGCAGUGGGUUAUGUGAAAGUCAACUGGGACCUUCUGGGAGAGCUGGCUCUGGCGGUCUUCUCAGUUGUCAAUGCAGGUUCUCUAUUUCUCAUGCAUUACACAGCCAACAUCUGGGCCUGCUAUGCUGGCUAUUUGAUAUUCAAGUCCAGCUAUAUGCUUCUUAUAACCAUAGCAGUAUUUCAGAUUGCAGUCAAUCUGAGUGUGGAACGCUAUGCCCUGGUAUUUGGAAUCAACACCUUUAAUGCCUUGGUGAUUCAGACCAUCAUAACUGUGAUUGUAGUAGAUCAGAGAGGGCUCAACUUGCCAAUCAGCAUUCAGUUUUUAGUUUAUGGGAGCUAUUUUGCAGUAAUUGCUGGAAUUUUCCUAAUGAGAAGCAUGUAUAUUAUCUACUCAACCAAAUCCCAGAAGGAUGUACAGAGCCCUGCUCCAAGCGAGAAUCCAGAUAUGUCUCACCCAGAGGAAGAGAGUAAUGUCAUCAUGUCAACAAAACUCUAACCUCAUUGCAACAACUGCAGCAGUGGCUUUCAAAGCUAUGCAAUAAUAAGGAAGGAUUUUGAGAUGGGUGGCAUAUGUUUUGCCAUAACUUGACAUGCUUUGUGCAAAUCGGGAUUCCAAUGGACCUUUCAAAACCACAACAAAACCUCAGUUGUAGACGAGUUCUCUAUCUGCCCAAUUUUACUGGAUGCAAUUGACAGAACCCAUUGUCAUAAUUAAGCAACCCAUAUUGGGGACCCCCUGUGACUAGUAGCAGCUGGAAAAUUCUGGUUUUUCUCACUUGUAAGGACACGCAGAUGGUGUGGAACCAAACCAUGAGAAAACUCCAGACAUCCUGGAGUUGGUAUUCACCAUUUGUGGGGAGAAAUACUAACUGGACGGACCCUAUUGCUUGGCUUAAAUACUUGUUUGAUCUUACCAAAGAAGUCAACGCAUGGGACCUUUUUUGUCACACGAGCCAUUUUCUUUCUUCUUCUAAUAAGUGUAUUUCUGUUUAAGUUACAGUUCUCCAAGAGAAUUACAAGGUUUAUCCCAUUUCUAAGGGCUUGUCUUCAACUCUGAUAACAGCAUUAUUCAC